AUGGAGAGCUACUAUGAAGACGACAGUCCGCUUGCUGCGCUGCUCGAAGGCCAUGGCACCGCCGACGAAUCGUUCAACUACCUCAACCAGGAGCCCUUGCAUACACCUCCCUUCACUCCGACUGUCGCGCCCCAGAAGCCCUCCUUCAGGCCCUUUACCCAACCCCUAAACCUCCGCUUCCCUGCUCAGGGCACUGUCUCCAAGCUUCACCAUGCUUGGUCGCGUGCAGUCAACUCUCGUAUUGGCCGAGCUGAGAACAACCGCUUCCUCGAACACUUCCGCUACCUCAUCGUCGCCUCGCAGCUUCUCAACGAAUAUCCAGACCUCGGCUCGUUACACACCACUCAGAUCAAUGGAACUCCCUUCGCCAACACAGAUUUGGCCCCGAAUGCCUCGUUGAACAUUUCUGGUGUCGCUGCCACAGCUGGUGUUGCCUUCGUCCUCGUCCUCCUGCUCAAUUGGCUCCGUGGUUCUCGUUUGAGCAAGAGUCGUAUCCUGUUGGCCCUACUGUGCGCCGCCGUAGCUGCUGUUCUGUUCUACGCAUACAUCCGUCGGCAAUGGCUGCAGUACCUCAGACACCAAGCUGUGGACACAGUCUCUUCCCUGACCACCAAUGCUCGUGGUUUUGAUAUUACUACCUCCGCUGCCUUGUCUCUGAUCCAAGAGGUUGAGCUUGUCUCCAAGGGCUACAGACUGAGCACCCCACUCCCUCCGAUUUCCCGUUUCGAUGAUGUUAAGGUCAAUCGAAAGUGCGCCAAGCUGCGUGGUGCUCUAAACAAAGCCUACACCGAAGCAUUGCCUGCCUUCAGGGAUGCAACCAUUUCGCUCAAGGCCCUGCUCAAUCAGGAUGACAUGGAGAAAUAUCUGGAUGUUUACGACAUUCCUCACCACGCUGUCCAAGAGGCCGUGAGCCCUGCACUCAUCUCUCUGGAGGAUGACGACCCGGAAUCUCUGAGAAGUCUGCGCGUAGUCAGCUACCAGUACAGCACUCUCAGAAGAGUCGUUUGUUGCUCGCUCAUGUCCCUUGAGGCCGAUGGAGGCAAUACUGAUUUCGCACGCUGGUCGGCUGCAACCAAGAUCAUGAACUCCCUAAGCACCAUCACCGCUACUUGGGCACAAAAGUUGAGCGAACUCCUUCGCGAAGUCGAGGAGUUCACCAUUCCCAGGGAGGCAAGACUCUCCACCAGACCUGCUGGUGAGCGCCUACGUACACAGGUCCGCAAGAUCACCGAACUCUCUCAAGGUAUCAGGUCGCUGCAAGCGAAGAUGGCUCUCAUGAGAGAAGAGUCCACCAAGGCAAUUGAGGAUUCAGAUGAUCUGACUGAUCUCGGCCCAAACUUGAUGUCGCAGUACGAAUCCAUCGGCACCGAUCUCAAGAUGCUUAUGCAAGCCUGGGAGAAUGGCAAGGCUUCUCUUGCAAGUAAUCUUGAUAAGCAAGAACGUCGCAUCUCACAAGCAUCAAGUGGUCUUCGUUCGCCAGCUGCCAGCCUUGGUGGUCUGACUGCUGUUGAAGAAGGCGGACCUGCUGAUGCCUUACGCGCAUUGAACGGCGAAUCGAAGUCGAGCAGAUCCAGUUUCGCAGGAUCUGGAUCCGACGAAGAAGUCUUCGAAGGCGUCUCCCUGCAUAUACCUCGCAUGCGCAGCUCCUUGACCAGAGAUGAGCGCAUUGCUAAGAUGCAAGAGGAGCGAGUACGUCUCUCCGAGAUACGCGACAAACGCGAUUCAGGCACAAACAUGAUCCGCGAGCUCCAGUCUGUCAUGAAUCUGCGGCCGAAGCGCAACACCAUGGGAGCACGCAUAACUUCGAUAUGA